AAGGAGGGAGUCACUUGAUAGGCCUUUAUAAACAUUUUUGUUGUGAGGGUAGUUGGGCUCACAGGAGUGAUAAUGCCCCAAUGGAAACUUCAGCCAUGAAGGAGGAGAAAAACAGACAUCAGCACAUUAGAAGUGGGUGCAGAAAUGUUCUGCAGUUCCCCACCAAGGGGCAGAUGAGAAGAAUUUGUGAUUAAAUUUUGGAUGUUCUGAGGUAGACGCGUUGUGAAGGGAUGGUGUCCUGCUCGUGAGCUCACAGCACCUUCUCCCAAUGUAUCCCUUGCACCUGGGAUAAUUAGGUUUUUCCUUGGAAAUUCUGGCCUCAGGCACAGAAAGGAGCUGACGCUCGGGCAAAGCCUUUAAGCUCUCAGUUUCUCUUCCUGGCUUUGAGAGCAUUGCUCCUGGAGAAGAGGAUCUGACCAGCGAGCUGAUGAACGAAGACAUACGUAUCCAUAGCUGGCCUUGUUCUUACUACUUGGACACCAGCAAACAAUGGGUCUCUGGCAGACUGUCCCUGACUCCUGUUGCCAUCAAAUUUACAGCUGACAAAACCGGGGAGCUUUUGGUCAAUUUCCACCUUUCUAGUAUCAGCGAGAUCAAGAAGGAAUCUUCAAAUUUAAUCUUCAGCUCUCUUACCGUCUUGGAGAAGAACACCAAGCACUGGUUCAGUUCUUUGCAACCCAACAGGAAUGUGGUCUUCAACAUCCUGGAGCACUUUUGGAGGGAGCAGUUGCUGUCGAGGGAAGGUGGGGGAGCAGAAGCAGCAGCUUUACAGUCAACCAAGGGCAAAGAACUGACGGGGUUAUUGUCGGGGUCGCAGAAACGCCUGGAGGACACGGCGAAAGUGCUGCAUCAUCAGGGCGAGCAGUUUGACAACAUCAUGAGAGGACUCAACAAGAUCGAAGGGGAUAUGGAUGUGGCAGACAGGUUGUUGACCGAGCUCGAAUCUCCUUCUUGGUGGCCAUUUAGCAGCAAGCUCUGGAAAACGCCGUCGGAAAACAAGCCAAAGGAAACUGCCGCAGUUUCCGAUUCGAAGAACCAGGAAGGAAUCAUAAUUAGAAUUCCAGUUAUUAUCACCCACAGAACGGACUCAAAUGUCAAGCCAGGAAAACUCACGCUCUUCCCUUCUGGCCUGGAAAUCAGUGACUGCAAUUCUCAGGUCGUUCACCGGUUUGACUCCAAGGAUGUGGAUGAUAUCAGAGUCCAUACGCCCUACGAAAUCAGCGUCCGGCAGAGGUUUAUCGGGAGGCCCGACACCUCCUAUCGGCUCUUGUCUGCAAAGAUGCCAGAAGCCAUCCCCAUCUUGGAAAUGCAAUUUAGCAAGAAGAUACAGUUUUUAGAAGAUGCCCUAGGAUUUGUUGGGGCCAGGAAGUCUCCUCAGGUAGAUUUGGGGACCUCCAUUUGGCAAGCAGCCACAGGACUCCUGGGAGGAGUGGUGCAGCCCAGCUCGCCGGUGGGAGGCAGAGAAGGGACGGACAACGACCAGGUUCAACUGCAGAAGCAAGAGAAGAUCUCCCAGGAAGAAGCAAAAGAGCUUAAGCAGAUCCUGAAGAAGCUGAAGGGCCUUGCCUUGGAGACGGAAGCGGAGCUGGAGAGACAGGACGAAGCUCUGGAUUCCAUCACUACCUCCGUGGACCGUGCCACGCUGAAUAUCGACAAGCAGAACCGCAGGAUGAAGAAACUGACGUAGCAGGAGCCGUCGAGGAUGGUAAAAUGAGGAAGAAAAGGGUUGGGGAACCACAUUUCUCGAGACCGUUUCAUUAAUCGACGCUUUGAUCGCGUGGGGAUCGUUUGCGACAUCGUCUGGAACACACGAUGCUGCUGAUGUCGGGUUUCCUGAGGGUUUUGAAAAAUGUUUCCAGACUUUGAAGGCUGUUUUAGGAUUAAAAAGGCCAAGCAUUUUAAUUAGGGUGAAAAAAAAAAAAUGAUAGUGGAUUCUUUACUACAGCAAAUCUGUAAAUAUGAAGGGAUGUGAUAUAAUCUGAAUCGACUUUUAUGUGCUUUUUUAUGUUGCUGCUUUUGAAUUUUUUAUUUUUUUUUUUAACUGCAGCGGAGAAGUGAAGGAGAAAUGAACUGCAUAUGAGACUACUUUAGAUGAUUACAGCCUAUUAAUUCUCUCUCAAGGUCUUUCUUUAAAAUACUUAAUAGCCCAACUGAGGGCCAGAUGUCCCGACUGCAAGCGAUUGAGGCUUUUUUUUUGGUGUAAGUUAAUGCUGAGGUGAGCAAAUGAUGGUGAUAAAACCUUACGUUCCCUGAGCAAAUAGUUUUAAUAGGUUUCAAUCGUGGUUUCAAUAUCCCCAGAAAUUUUAUAAGAGUAAUGAAGACUUAGUGGCCACAGCUGUCUCUUGCCAUGUCCUGGGAAAUCAAGAGGAGAAGGUUAGUUAAUGUGUGUGUGUGUUGGUAGAGACGUCUCCUUAUUGAGAAGAUUUGGGGUUUUUGCCAUUCGAUACAUGUUUUUCUUACUUAAGUCAGUUAUAAAAAUUAAUUGUCGAAGGUAGAUACGUGCUUCUGCUUUCCAAAAAGGGACUGCUGAUCUUCAGUGAUCAUCUGCAUGUUCUUAUGUGCUUUAUUUUUCCUUUUUAGACUGCACACCUAGGGAAGGAAGUGAUUUUUGGAGUGGAGGAAGUGAUUUUCUUCACAGGCGAAUUUAUUCGGUUCUUGGGAGUUGGCUGUUUGUAUCCCUCACUUGCCCACAGUGGGUUUAUAUUUUGGGUAACGGUCUGACGUGGGAUGAUGUAGUUGCCCUCAGAGCAUCAUCAAUGUAGUGUGGUACCUGAAUUUCCUGUUGGCUCUGGGCUGCCACAUCUCUAAGGGGUGUUGGUGGAACGUCUCUUGUCCCUUUGCUGCUCUGUCCUUCAUUUUCCAAGGAUCUCCUACUGUUUGUCUCCCACUCUAAAUGGGAACACCAUGAGUUGUGUGGAGCAUCCUGAGGUUUUUAUGUGUCUCCUCCAGAUUCACAGCCUGAGGGGCCUGUGGUUGGAGCUGUAGAUGUCUAUCACUUUUGAUAGUUGUGGUACACCCACCUCUUGUGGCUUUUAUUUAUUUGCACUAACUGGUGGUGAAGCAUUUCAAGACUUCUUGUCGACCUUUAUUUCUAAAACAAAAGGGAAUACUGUCAAUUAUCGGUUUUGUUGAGUUUACAGUUGGCUCCAUCGAAACUACAGGAGAGUGGAGACUUUUUCCCCUCCUAACUUGGUAUUAUAUAGGAAAGGUUCCAGGAAACCCAUAUAUCUAUCACCUUUCAUCAAUUCCUACAGUUUACCAGCUAUUUUAGUUCAAAAGUAGCUGUUGUAAUAUGUCUUUUAUUUUUUUUUAAAGUGUUUUUAUAUUAAAAAAUUCUUGUAUUGCUUUCAAAUACAACACUUUUGGUGCAAUAUUUUUCACUAGUGAAGCUUUGAAAUGUUUAUUCCGUUGAUAGUUGAUGUAAAGUUUUCCCGUUUCGGAGUAAUUCAGCCCUACCUUUUGAAGAAGGACACGGUAAAUCACGUAGAGUAUGUUGUUUUCAAGCUCUUACUCUACCUUGUUUUGUAUUACUUCACAUUUCUUUGGUGGUAUUGGAAUAAAGUGUAUUUCUGCACUGCAAAUUCUUAAUUUACGGUCCAAGUUGUUACUGGCAUGCACUUUACCUUCCUGAAUAGAGUGAUUAUAUCUACAUACACUACGUACUGUGAAAUAAAAUACUGUCUGGGCUUCCCUUGUUUGUUUCUGGUACCCAAAUCACUGUCGUUUUACUGUGAAAGGAAGAUAACAUUUACACAACUAAUUACUUAAUUAAUUUUAAAGUGUACUUUGCACAAGAUGAUUAACUGACCCUGGUGCUGACUGGGAACGAAUCUCUGACCUGAAUUAGUGCAAACCAGGAUUGCCAAAAGUAAAUACUAAUGAUAGGUCAUUUAGUUAAGCAUUCUCUGUGCCAUAUUUUUUAUUGUUGUGGGUUUUAGCACUGGCUGUUGCAUCUGAUGCAGUACUUUGUGGUUUGUGUAGUCCAUGUCCACGUUAAAACAACAACAAAAAAAUUGUAAUAUUGUUUGUAAGAAUUGUAAUAUUCUAGAGCUGUGCAUUAGCUGCAUUUUGUGUGCCCGGAGGACUUUCAACCUGUAAUUUCUUCUUAUUAAAUAUAUCUUGGAAUAGUGA